AUGUUGGGAUCAAUUGCUGCAGCUGGUGCUUGGAUAAGAAAGUUCAAGGAGUAUUAUGUUGAAUUACAAUCCCUGAGGGAGAAGAAGGUUCAAGACCUGAUGGAGAUAGAGGUUCGUUUAGCGAGGGUGAGGGAGAAACACAUUGCCGCAGAAAUACUAUUAUUGGACGUGGAGAAACGGGCUAGAGCGAAUGAACAGCUACGUGAGCGUAUUGCUAGAGCUCAAGAGCAGCCAGGGAUAUGA